AGUAGUGCAGCACAGAAUGCCGAAUUAGAAGACCAAAAAGAAAGAGAAUGCCGGAUUUGAUUCGAGUUGUGGCAACAUAUUUUAACCGUGUAAUGUGUAAAUUGCGGGUAGACAUCGUCGUCUAAGAGCUCCAAAUGGGCGAAAAAGGAUUGAAGGCCAGCAUCUUUCAAUAAUCUGGACCAAACCACAAAGAACAAGGUCUUGGAUUUUCUCUCAUGUCUUCUUCUUUCACAUCCACAUCAAGUUCAACGGUCAAUUACGUGCCAGCUGUCUACCCGGACAUGAUGAGUUCAUUCUGCAUGUGGACUAUGAGGUCCAACCUGGUGAUAAAUGGGAGAGUGUCUCAUCAAAGUUUGGAUCUUUUGUUGUGGAAAAGACUGAAAGGACAUUGAUUGCAUUUCAAGUUGUGACGUUAGAUCUUUUAUGUGGUUGUUCCAAGAACGGGGAUGUUGUGAUUUACAGGGUCUGACAAGGAGAUACACUUUAUAUAAUCUGUUCUCAGUUCAAUACAGAUAUUAAUAGAACCAUCAAGUUGAAUCAGAUUGCAAAUCCAAAUCUUAUUCAUGAUGGAGAAGUAAUCUUUAUCCCUGAACCAGGCAAGGAAUAGCUUUUACUUGUGUUUGGUGCAAUCUUAGCUAAAAAAUUUGGUUUUCUGUUAGCAUAAAAACUGUAUAGCUUCUAAUCAUCUCUCUUUGAUUUUUAAUGUGCAUCUAUUGGCAGCAGAUCUUCAAAACCUUACCUUGCUUGACAAUAAGGGUCAGAGGCUUAUAUUUUGUUUUCCGUUACUAUGAUUGUUGAUAUACAUAUAUAUUGAUUCUAUCAGAAACUCUUUAUUCAGUUCUUGGCAUCUUUAUUAUGGUGGCUUUCAUUAGAUAUAACAUUUAAUAUCUGUUUAUAUAUAAAUUGUUACCGAAAUAUUUCUUAUCUUAAUAUUCAUUUAAUCCAUCUAGAUGCCAGUUAUAAAAGUAUGUCAGUCUUCUACAUGUGAACUUAUUUAACAUUCUCAAAUUUUUGUAAGCUCGUAUUCAUUGCUAGGAAUAAUUUUAUUUUGGUGAGUUUUACCUGAGUCACAAUGCCACUCUAAGUUCUUCUUUGCUGUCUUAAAGAUUUGAAUAUCAAAAAAUCAUCAAAAUCUAA